AUGGCCGAGACUAGCGGUCUCUCGAUCAUCGGCAAAAUUGUCGCAUUUAUUGUGUCAUUUAUAUAUCGCCUUACAGUUCAGUUGGCAGUUGAGUUCCUCAAGUUCUUCAUUCUCUUGGCGAUACUACUGCCCACAUUUUGUGUGUUUGGGUUAGGCUAUGUUUCGUUUGUUACAUGGACCUACGUAACCUACAACAGUUUACCAGCUGCCAUAUGCGCUCUUGGUCUAGGGGCACUGAUGUUUGUGUUAACCGCGAUGGCGAUUCAAUAUCUGGUGAAGGAUGUCCUUUGUUUGACUGACCAACCUCUGUCCCAGCUAGCUGUGAUCUAUGUUAGCUCACUGUUCAGAAAGAAAACAACACGACUGGGAAAGGAUGAUAUAAAUAAGGAUACACCGCAGCAGAAUAUCAGCGUCACUCAUGGGCAUGAAGUUCAACAGGUAAGAAUGCAUAUCCCCACCACCCCCACUCCCCCUUUUUUUUUUCAUGUGGGUUCUGGGACCUCAUUUUUUGUGAGAAGAAGAUCAGACCCAUUUUUUACAUCUUGCAGUCUCAUUUUGCCUUUGCAAAUGUCCGAAAGAAAAAAAAAUUACAUAACUAUAUUUUUGGGUGUACUAGUUGUGCAUGGACCAGUUGCACAAUCCGUGUAG